UCCGCUUCCGGGUUCAGAAUUCAGAACGUCGUGUGAACGCCGCGCUCUAGAAAGUUUGUCACUGACAAACAUCGCGGCUCAUAUUUCUUAUGUAUUUUUUUAAUUUUCAUGUUUUAUAAUAUAAGAGGUAGAUACCAGGAUAUAUUUAGCCGUUAAGGACAACAUAGUCUCUUUGUAGAGGAUGUCUCUUCCUAAACGGGAGGUGGAGGAGCUGCGGCCCUGGGUGGAGCGGACAGUGAAGAAGGUGCUGGGCUUCUCUGAGCCUACUGUCGUCACUGCGGCUCUGCACUGUGUGGGAAAGGGCCUGGAUAAGAGGAAGACCACAGACCAGCUUCGUCCGUUCCUGGAUGACUCAGCUGGAGGGUUUGUGGAGAGACUGUUUGAGGCCCUGGAAGAGAGCCGCAGUUCCCGUGGCAACAAGGGCACAGGGGAGAGGAACCGCAAGAGGGACCUGAAGGAUGUGUUUGGUGAUGAGGCCGAGGUUGGUGCAGGUCGAGAGAUCUCGGAGCAAGACGACGGUGCACCUGUCAAGAGGAAACGUGUCCCCCGCUUUGAGGAGGUGGAAGAACCAGAGGUCCUACCUGGACCCCCUGCUGAGAGUCCUGGCAUGCUCACUAAGAUACAGAUUAAGCAGAUGAUGGAGGCUGCCACCAGACAGAUAGAGGAGAGGAAGAAACAGCUGAGCUUCGUCCCGGUGACUUCCCAGCCGAGGCUGCCCCUACCGUCUCCCCAGCCUGACCCCCCCCUGGCCUCUCGUCUGCUCGCUGUUGCCUCUUCGCCCUCCCUGGGCUCGGCCCAGUCCAUCGCUCCUUCUCAGGCUGCCACCUUCAUGAACGACGCCAUAGAGAAGGCUAGGAAAGCUGCAGAACUGCAGGCCCGUAUCCAGUCCCAGUUGGCCAUGAAGCCUGGUAUACUGGGAGCCAUUGGAAAUGCUGGAGGACCACAUAACUUGGUGGCUUUGGCAAACCUACAUGCGAUGGGGAUAGCUCCACCGAAGGUGGCAGAGGCCCGUGAGUCAAACAAGCCCGCCCCUUUGAUUUUGGAUGACAUGGGUCGCACCGUGGACGCCAGUGGCAACGAAGUUGAGCUCACACACCGUAUGCCCACCUUGAAAGCUAAUAUCCGCGCCGUAAAGAGGGAACAGUUCCGCCAGCAACUGAAGGAGAAGCCUGGUGACGAUUUGGAGUCCACUUCCUAUUUUGAUGGGCGUGUUACCAUAGCACCCGCCCAGCGUCCACGGAAGGGCUUUAAGUUUCAUGAGCAGGGGCGUUUCGAGAAGAUCGCCCAGAGGAUCAGAACAAAGGCCCAGUUGGAGAAGUUGCAGACUGAGAUUGCCCAGGCAGCCAAAAAGACAGGGAUCCAGGCAUCCACCAAGCUUGCUCUCUUCGCCCCCAAGAAGGAGCUCUUGGAGGGGGAGGUGCCCCACAUUGAGUGGUGGGACUCCUACAUCCUGCCCUCCAACAUUGAUCUAUCCACAGAGAUUGGUUUUGAGCAGGUGGAGUUUUUUGGAGUUACAAACCUGGUGGAGCAUCCAGCCCAGAUCAGCCCCCCAGUGGACACAGACAAGCCAGGAGGGACGCUGGGGGUGUACCUGACUAAGAAAGAACAGAAGAAGCUGAGGAGACAGACUCGCCGUGAGGGACAAAAAGAACUUCAGGAGAAAGUCCGACUGGGCCUCAUGCCCCCACCAGAACCCAAGGUACGCAUCUCUAACCUGAUGAGAGUGCUGGGUACUGAGGCAGUUCAGGACCCUACUAAGGUAGAGGCCCACGUCAGAGCGCAAAUGGCUAAAAGGCAGAAGGCUCAUGAGGAGGCUAAUGCAGCUCGGAAACUUACAACAGAGCAAAGGAAAGAGAAGAAGGUCAAGAAACUCAAGGAGGACCUCAGUAUUGGAGUUCACAUCGCAGUGUAUAGGAUCCGUAACCUACACAACCCAGCUAAGAAGUUCAAAGUGGAGGCCAAUGCCAACCAGUUGUAUCUCACAGGCACCGUGGUUCUGCACAGAGACAUCAACAUCGUUGUGGUCGAGGGAGGUCCCAAGGCCCAGAAGAAGUUCAAGAGGCUAAUGCUAAAUAGAAUUAAGUGGGAGGAACAUAACUCUAAGAGAGAUGAUCCAGAUGCAGAUGAUGAAACCAAAAGGAACAACAAGUGCAGCCUGGUCUGGGAGGGCACGGCUAAGGAUCGUAACUUUGGGGAGAUGAAGUUUAAGCAGUGUCCUACAGAGAACAUGGCCAGAGAACACUUUAAGAAGCACGGCACAGAACACUACUGGGACCUUGCUCUGAGCCAGAGUGUGCUGGAGAGCACUGAUGACUGAUGGGUUGGGGGAGGGGCAUCUGAGAGCUGAGGAGGUAGAAGGAGCUUGCAACCACUGGUCCUUGGUCAGAUAGUUGUUUAUACUUUUAAUUGUUAGGGAAGGGGUUCGGUAGAUAGUUCUGAUCAUAGAUCAGUGGUGAAAGGCAUUGUUACCUCAAGCCCCAGAGACAUGUAAAUGUCAGGGGUUAAUGGUCAGAUCGCUGAUCUGGAUUGGUCCCCUUACACAUUCACAACCCCAGCCCAGAUUUGUUAUGCUGGGCGCCUGCCUGUUAUUGUGUGAGGCCUUGACAGGGACAAGAUAAUGGAGGUGUGUGAGAGAUGAUAGAAUAGGAGGGAUAUGGUGUGUAUUGAUAUUGAGUGGGUGUUACACCAUUCUCCGAUCAUGUUUUGUGGGAGAGUUGAUAACUGUGUGAAUGUUUGAGACAUCCAUGUUCCUAGUAGUGAGGUUGUCAUUCAGUCAGUCUGUUGCUGUGCGUCAGUGUUUUUGUUUUAAUAACAUGUCUGACAAAUCUCUCCACUGACUGAGUGCUCUAAAGCUUGCUCUUGGCUUCAACCUGAACAGUUAUUGAGCUUAAGACCAGACCAUUCUAUUCUGUAUAUAAAAAUGUUGCUGCACUGUACUAUUACGUAAGCAAAAGCCCUGUUUUGAAUAAAUAAGAACCAACCCAUGACUUUUUGUUUCAUGUUUUGUUCUCUUUUUAAGAAAAUUGCCACCAUGUUUUUAUUUUAAGAAUGAGUGCACAGAUUAUUAAAGUAUUGACUGACCUAAUGUUGUUAUUGUUUAUUUUUAGUUAUUUUGGAGGGCUAUAUCUUUGUCCCAUCUGAUCUGUAUACGUUUAUAUGAAUGUUGCAAAUAAACACAUACAGGGCAAUAUAA